GCAGCAUUUGAAUAAGGAAGAUGGCGGCUGCAGCAGUGGUUGAGUUUCAGAGAGCCCAGUCUCUCAUUAGCACGGAUCGCAACGCCUCUAUCGACAUUCUGCACUCGAUAGUGAGAAGAGAUGUUCAAGAGAACGAUGAGGAAGCUGUCAGAGUUAAAGAACAAAGCAUCCUGGAGCUGGGGACACUCCUGGCAAAGACAGGACAGGCUGCAGAACUUGGGGGGCUGCUGAAAUUUGUGAGGCCUUUCCUGAUUUCAAUCAGCAAGGCCAAGGCGGCCCGGCUUGUCCGCUCCCUGCUGGACCUCUUCCUCGACAUGGAAGCAGCGACCGGGCAGGAGGUCGAGCUGUGUCUGGAGUGCAUCGAGUGGGCCAAGGCUGAGAAGAGGACCUUCCUACGACAGGCUCUGGAGGCACGGCUGAUCUCGCUCUAUUUUGACACCAAACGAUACCAGGAGGCCUUGGCUCUUGGCUCCCAGUUGCUCCAGGAGCUGAAAAAAAUGGAUGACAAAGCUCUUCUGGUGGAAGUACAGCUGCUGGAAAGCAAGACGUACCACGCUCUCAGUAACCUGCCCAAGGCCCGCGCAGCCCUCACUUCAGCCAGAACCACCGCCAACGCCAUUUACUGUCCUCCAAAGCUCCAGGCAGCGCUGGACAUGCAGUCAGGGAUCAUCCAUGCAGCAGAGGAGAAGGACUGGAAGACGGCUUACUCCUACUUCUUCGAGGCCUUCGAGGGUUACGACUCCAUCGACAGUCCCAGAGCCAUCACAGCACUCAAAUACAUGCUCCUGUGCAAAAUUGUACUCAACUCACCAGAGGAGGUACAAGCCCUGAUCAGCGGUAAACUGGCGCUGCGAUACGCUGGCAGACAGACAGAUGCGCUGAAAUGCGUCGCCCAGGCCAGCAAGAACAGAUCAUUAGCAGACUUUGAAAAGGCCCUCACAGAGUACAGAGCAGAACUGAGGGACGAUCCGAUUAUCAACACUCACCUGGCCAAGCUGUACGACAACCUGCUGGAACAAAACCUCAUCCGAGUCAUUGAACCGUUUUCCAGAGUACAGAUAGAACACAUAUCAGGUUUAAUCAAACUAUCAAAGGGCGACGUGGAGAGGAAAUUAUCACAGAUGAUUCUGGACAAAAAGUUUCACGGAAUCCUCGACCAAGGCGAAGGCGUUUUGAUCAUAUUCGAAGAACCCCCGGUGGACAAAACAUACGAAGCAGCCUUGGAAACAAUUCAGAACAUGAGCAAAGUCGUGGACUCACUUUACAACAAAGCCAAGAAGCUGACAUAGAGCAGAUUGCCACGGCGGUGAGAUGGAGGAACUGUGUGUGUUUGACCAGCGUGCGUAACAUUUUAAAGAAGGGGACACGGGAGAGCAACAAACAGGAUUCCCCCAUCAAACUCCCCCCUUUUCCUCCCCCUCUACGGACAAUUUCAUCACUUCUCUCUCUUCUUCUUCUUCUUCUUCUUUUUUUUUUUUCUCUUUUAUUUUCCUCUUUCAUUUUGAUAUCUCUUCAGGAUUCUGUGUAACACUCAGCGGCCACAUCAGGCCAUCAGGGAAUAUUGUACAACCACAACAAUGAGAAAAAGAAAAAAAAAA